AUGAAUCGCAAGGGCAUGACGCUUUCUCAACAUCUGACGGAAUCCCGCUUGUGCGGGGACGGUGACAUGGCCGGCCUGCUCACCACUCUGGCCUCGGCGGCGAAACGCAUUUCCCGCGAGGUCAACCGCGCCGGGCUGGUCGACAUUCUCGGUUUCACCGGCGAGCACAACGUGCAGGGCGAGGCGGUGUGUAAGCUCGACGUGCUGGCGCACGACAUGAUGAUCGACGCCCUGAGGCCCAGCGGCCACGUCUGCGCCUUGGCCUCCGAGGAGGCCGAGCAUCCCCUGUUCCUGGCGCCGCACGAACCACGCGGGCCGUACGUCGUGCUUUUCGACCCCCUGGACGGCUCCUCCAACAUCGACGCGGGAAUCACCAUCGGCACCAUCUUCUCCAUCUACCGCGCCCAGAGCGCUGAUGCCACUCUGUCCGACCUGCUGCAGAGCGGCAGCCGUCAAGUCGCCGCCGGCUACGCGCUGUACGGCUCCAGCACAUUGUUCGUCUACACCGCCGGUGCCGGGGUGCACAGCUAUACGCUCGAUGCUGGUGUCGGCGAAUUCCGCCUGACGCACGAAAACCUGCGCAUGCCCGAGCGCGGCACGAUCUACAGCGCCAACGAGGCCAACUACCCGCGCUGGUGCGCCGGCGUGCAGCGCUAUAUCGACGCCCUCAAAGACCCCGACGGGCCGUGCACCUACAGCGCCCGCUACGUCGGCUCGCUGGUGGCGGAUUUUCACCGCACGCUGCUGUACGGCGGGCUGUUUCUGUACCCCGCGGACCCCCGCGACGCGCCCAACGGCAAGCUGCGACUGCUCUACGAAGCGGCCCCGCUGGCCCGCAUCGCCGAGGCGGCGGGCGGGCGCGCCAGUACCGGCAGCGAGGACGUGCUGUCGCUGCAACCGACCGCCCUGCACCAGCGCGUGCCGCUGUUCAUCGGUAGCGCCGAGGACGUCAGCGCGGUGGAAGCCUCCAUCCGCCAGUGCGCCGAGCCGGAGCCGGUAGCGACAGGACGAUAA